UAAUGCCACAACACGAUUAUAUUGAACUUCAUCAAAAAAGAUUUGGAAAAAGACUUGAUACAGAAGAAAGAGCAAGAAAAAAGGCAGCCAGACAACCUCAUGAAUUAGCAGAGAAAGCAUAAAAUCUUAAGGGUCUUAAAGUAAAUAAAUGAAAAUAAUAUUUUUACAGGCCAAAAUGUUUAACAAGGAAAGAUUUAAAGAGAAAGCAUUGAUGAAGAAAUAAAUGUUAGCUCAUGAAGAAAAAGAUAUUGAAGUCAAUGUUGAAGAUGUUAAAGAUGGAGCUGUUCCUACAUAUUUAUUAGAUAGAGAAUAAUAAUAAUAAUCAAAGGUUUUGACAAAUAUGCUUAAAUAAAAAAGGUAGAGUAUAUUAUUUAUAUUAUUAGAUAAGAGAAAGCAGGUAAAUGGGAUGUUCCAAUUGCAAAAGUUAAAUAAAUGUCAGAAGGAGAAAUGUUUUAAGUAAUUGAGAGUGGAAAGAGAAAAUAAAAGUCUUGGAAAAGAAGAAUUAAUAAGGUAUGUUUUGUUCCUGAAACAUUUACUCGUAAACCUCCAAAAUUUGAAAGGUAUAUUAGACCUACAGGACUUCGUUUUAAGAAAGCAAAUGUUACUCAUCCUGAACUCAAAACUACUUUUAGUUUACCUUUAUUGGGAGUUAAGAAAAAUCCAUAAUCAGCAUUAUAUACUACACUUGGUGUAAUAACUAAAGGAACAGUUGUUGAAGUGAAUGUUAGUGAAUUAGGUUUAGUAACUUAAACUGGUAAAGUAAUUUGGAGUAAAUAUGCUCAAGUAACAAAUAAUCCUGAAUUGGAUGGAUGUAUUAAUGCUACAUUGCUUGUUUGAU